AUGCUUUUCAGACCAGCACCGCCGCUCUCGCCCACCCAAGCCGUUGGCUUCUGCCUGCCCGAUCCAGCGGCGUACUCUUCCUUUACGCCGUUCCUGCUCGCCGCGCGAUCUGUCGUCCCUUCGUUCGACGCCGCAUUCGGCAUCUCGGACAUGGAGACGCUCCUCGCCGGCACCUUUGACCACGCGGGGACCGACGACUCGCAGGCGCCGGCGUGCCGCGAUGCCGAAAACGACGUGCUCAUGCACGGGUACGCGUGCGGGUGCUGCACCGAUGACGCGCCCUUUUUCCGGGAGUGCGGGGCCACGCCCUGGCUCUUACGUUUGGAGCCGCCUGUGGAGCGACCCGGCAUCCAGAGUGCUGCUGGGAAAAGCGGUGAACCGGGUGUUGGCGGCGCGUUUGAGGAGAGCGGCGGGGCGCCGCAGCUGGCGUGGAAUGGGGCCCAAGGCACCAGGCGGGUGAAGGGAGAUGGGCUCUGGGGUGGGAUCAACGUCGAUGCUGCACUCGAUGCGCUGGUUGGGAGCUGA